UUAGAUAAUUCAAGACAAAACCUUCUUUCUUUAUUAGAAACAAUUUGUCGCUUUCAUGCUUCUUUUGCGUUUCCGAGAGGACAAAGAAAAACAACGUCGGUUCUGACGGUCCGCAGAAUUCGAGGCCCAAACCGACCGUCUUAACCGGGAAACCGGGUGCCUUCACGGCAUGAGGAAUAAAAUACCAAUAUUACCCCCUCAUCCCUUCGUCAUAAAGUGGACAAAACGGUAAAUUCAGGGAUUCCAUCGGCACCCAGAGUCCGAGAAAACCACCAGCCACUGCGUCUGGUUUAUCAACCACGUUACCAGCUUUUGCGGCCAUUCUAUCCUCUUCCCUCUGCUUUUGCCCUCUUCUCCUCUCUCUCUUUCUCUCUAUAUAUAUAACCAAGUUCCUUAGAUUCACUUCUCUUCAUCAGCAAAUUCACAACAAUUCUCUCCCUACUCUUGAAGGAAAAAGCUCACAAGCAGAGAUUCUAUCAGAAGAAGAAGAAUCAGAGAUGAGUUCGACAAGCAAAGCGUGGGUUGUGGCGGCGAGCAUCGGAGCCGUGGAAGUGUUGAAGGAUCAGUUAGGCGUUUGCCGGUGGAACUACGUUCUCCGAUCGGCUCAGCAGCAUCUCCGGAACAGGACGAGGUCCAUUUCUCAGACCAAGAGGCUCUCUACGUCCGCCGCAUCCGUCUCCAGCAAUACCAGAGACGACAAGGCCAAGCAGGCGGAGGAAUCGCUGAGGACGGUCAUGUACUUGAGCUGUUGGGGCCCGAAUUGAUGCACGCCUCGAUCGUCCUCCAGAUUACGAAAAGAUUAUGCUUCGUGAAGAAACUGUGGAGAAAUGGCCUAACGAAUAGAUCGAAAGCGUAGAAGCGUUAGAAGCAGAGAUUUUGAAUCAUGGAAUUUAAAUUCGUUGCCAAUGACUUUGGAAGCGAAGCGAGAUAGAGGGGCCAAGAACCAGAUACAGAUAGAACGACGUCGUUUAAUAAAUAAAAGUUUGUAAGUGGAAAGUGAAACGACGUCGGAUAAGAUGAUUGGGCUUUGGGAGAGGCCCAUAAUAUUGAUGGGCUGAUAAUCGAUCAUUAAAAUAUAUCAGUGGCCCCAUAUUGGUUGUAUUA